AUGGUCGUCGUGGUGAGUCUUUCUCUGCACUUUACUACUUUCAGUUCUUGAGUUAAACUCCAUUCACUGAGUUUGGAGAAAAAAAAAGUCAUAGAGAAUAUCUUUAGUUAGCCUUAUUUUUCGCCAAUCUUCCAACUACCCUGCCCAAAUUAUGUCUCCGAAAAUAGAGGUGAAGUCACUCGUGAGGGUGACCUAAAACCGUUUCUCAACUUAUUUCUUCUUUUCCCCUUGUGGAUGAAUAAAUUAUUAUUAUUAUAAUUAGUCUUUCACAAAAAUCUCAAUUUUUUCGCCUCUUAUCGAGAUGAAUAGAGAAAAAUGUGUGAUUUAGACAAGGGAAAUUCGGCGAUUUGAACUUGCAUCCAUUCAAUGAAUUUCUCUUAUUCUUCGAUAGUAAUAGCUCUGAAAUGAAGCUGAGUUCAUGACAUUUUUGGAGCUGAGUUCCUGAAAUUUUCGAUUUUCGAAUUGGAGUCAAAACUUUUUAUCACCCAUAGUCUAUGGGCCAUAGAUUUUCUAACGAAUCUUGAGAAUGUAAGUUGAAUAUCCUUCUUUUAAAUAUAUUUCAAUUUGAGAUAGUUUAUGUUCUCAACUCAUUUUUGACCCAUAUGUUGGAAAUUCGUGUUGCGAAAGUUUACCAUUUACGAAAAAAAAAGUUUUUUUAAACAGAAAUGUUAUGAGAAUUUGCUCAAUUUCAUUAUUCACCUUAUUUUCUUUUUGAAAUAGAUUUUUUUACGAAUAAUGCAAACAGAAGAGUUGAUUCGAGCUUUCACCUCGUUGUUAGAAAAUGAAUUCAAACUUUAUUUUUUUCACAAGAAUAUUUCACGAUUUUCAUGUUGUCGUAGUAACCAUACGUCAGUUUGAAAAAUUGAAAAAGUUUUUUUUUGACAUACCCAAGAUUUGUCUGAACCUCUUUUUUUCGCACGCUGUUUGCUCGUGAAGACCCUCAUUGAAUAUUGUCUCAGUAAGCGGCGAAUUCUGUAAAUAUAACUUUUUCAAGCAUUUUUAAUGCAUACUUCGAGAUAAAAAUCUAUCAGUAAGAAAAAGAUAGUUGAAAGAAUAACUCAAGGAACUUUUUACAAAGCUGCAGAGAUUUCGAUUGGUCAAGUAAUUGAUUUCAAGCACUGAUCUGAAGAUCUACAAUUUCAGAAUAUCCCAAUCAAGAUCCUCGGACGGCCGAGCACACAGCCGCAGAGCACUCAGCACUCUCCGGCGGCCCCUCAACACAGUCGCUCGAAUUCGACGUCUUCUGCUGCGGACGGCGGCUUCGUCGUCACUUCUUCGACGGCGACGAACGAACCCAACUUCUCGUCCAACUUGAUCAACGUCCCUGUGCAGCGGAGUCGACCAGUAUCUCGACAGUCGCAAGUCGAGGAGCCAGAGAGACCUCCGGUUAUCCCCUUACCCGCGCCAGAGCAGUCCAAGCGAGCGGAGCCUGAGCAAGAGGCUAAACAGGAGUCAGAGCAGCCUCAAGCCGUUUCUGCAAGCCACAGCACUGAGGGGGAAUUCCAAAAACUGGACAUUGACUCCCAAAAUGCUCAGAAGGUUUUUUUUUGUUUUGUUGGAGAGCGUUUCGCGUUUUUACUUGGGCCGCCGAACACUCUGCGCCACCUAAAUUACUGAGAGGGAAUGUCUUCAGGAAGAAGGAGCAGAGAAACAAGACGGGGCAUCGCGUCGACGUCGGUUAAUGCGCAACCAGAGCGUGGUGGACUUUAACGCGAAGACCAUCGUGGCCCUCGACAAGAUCGAGCAGCAGGUCGAGCUUCUGCGCAAGACGGCCAACCAGCUCGAAAUCGAGAAGGAGCAGAUCCUUCGUGCCCUCACUGAGAUCAGCGUCCACAGCUACAUGCUCCGUCUCGCAGAGUGUCCGUUUUGUUCUUUCCAUGAAAAACAGCACCUUGAAAUCGAAAAAAUGCUAUUCCCUCAUAAAUAGAGGAUUUUCAUAUUAAUAACACGCGCAAAAACAUUUUGGGCAUUUCUAACAUAGAAUUAUGCUUGUUUUCAUUCUUUUUGAUACUCUACUAACACGAUCACUGGGCUGAACAUGAUCAACUUAUUAAUUCUUCGUGUGGUGGUUGAAUAUCCUUUAUGAACUUUCCUCUUUGAAGGUGAUCGCGAGGAAAUCGUGGCAGUGACGGAUAGACUCACGAAGCGAACGAACAGCGUCCAGGUAGGUAUUCAGAGACCUUUCGCAAGCAAAACCUAUCUUCAGGUAGUCAUCGAAACGCCCAGAAACGAAGAGCAGAAAAAAGCGUUGGAAAACGCGACACAGAUGAUCGACGAGUUCACGAAUCAAAUGACCGACAAUGCACCUGCUGCCAAACAGGUCACAUUCAUUUUGACACAAAAAAGUUUAUAUACUGGAGAUUCAUUGGUAAUUUCAUUUUUGUACAUUUUUCAAAUUCAGAGCAUGAAUGAAAUUGUUGAAAUAAUUCAUGAAAGAAAAAAAAACAUUAAAAAAAAUAGAUUUUCGAAAUCGAGUUUUUUUUCGCAUUGUACGCAACUUGCAAUUCUCGAGAAGAGCAAGCUUAAGUUUUUUGAACGCCGUUCAAAAAAAGCUAUCUCUGAGGAUAUAGAUCUCGUAGAACAGGACGUUGUGCAAAUCAAUAAACUGAAGAUAUACACCGAAAACUUUUUUUAAAAAGACCUCUAGCCAGUUUUCCGGAAAUUCCGAAAACUCGACUAAAAAACUCUUAUGACUAGAAGAGGAAAAAAAUUAUUUUUUUCGGUAUUCUCAGUGUGUAAUAAAGACUUUUAUGAUAAUUUAACACUUGAAAAUUUCAUGACUAAAUUAUAAUAAAUGGAAAAAGAUUUUUGAAGAUGCUGCAAACGUACCUGAAUGCCUGUUCAAGCGAAGAAACAAGUGGUGCCAUCAAUGCAAACUUCCUGAAAGUUGUAAGUUUAUCAUCUUUGUCCAUGUAAUUUAAUAAUUUAUGGGAUUUUGAUCUUGAAAGUUUUCAUUGCAAUAUUUAAUGAAAAACAAUGAAACUUUUUGUAUUUGAAAAAAAGGGACACAAAGCUUGGAAACAGAAAAGAAACACAAACAGAAACAAUUACAAAAAAAAAUCCUAAACAAAAACUUGACAGAAAAUAGUGACGAAAUAAUUUCAAAAAAAAAAUUUUAAAAAAAAACUAGUUGAAAAAAUUUUCAAUUUUAAAAAAUAAACACUCAGGCACUGGUGCGCGCACGCGCGGGGGUACUGGUUCUUUUUUUCGCCUUUUUCCCCUGAAAUAAGGUUUUGAAAUAUAUUUUUUAUAUUUUUUUGAUAUUACCCAGUGCCCCUGCUCACGUUUUAAAGUUGUUCCGAGCACUUUCGAACAAAUUUAUGAAAAAAAGUUGCCAAGUGAAACUUUGAUAUUUCACAUUUUUGUGCAAUCUAAUUGUUAUAAACUAGUGCAGAGCAAUGUUAAGAGAUGAACAGACAUGAAAAAUAUUAAAUUCAUAAAUUUUCAAUUAGUUAAAAAGCUAAAAAAACAAGAGAGACACCCCGCGCGUGCGCGCAGCAGGCGGCGCGCAUGCGCACUUUUGGCAACAAACACGCGCCGUCAGUGCCUGAGGCAAUAAAUAAUCAUAUGGCGUCGAAUUAUAUACCUUCGGUUGCGCGCAUCGAACUGCGGAGUUUCCCCAUAUCGUAAUUUGAGAAAUCUUCAAUUUCUAAAGGGGCGGGCAGGUUUUUGGAAGGCGACUGAUUGCCAGAAAGAUAAUUUUUUUAACAGAAAAAAACUGACUUUUUGCUAAUAAAAAAACAUCGAAAAAAAUUUUUAAUUAUGAGCUUCUUCUUUUUAUUCCCUAGAAUAUCUGAACAAAUUUUUUUCAUUAAUUUGAGAUAAUCGAAUGCACGGCCGACGAUCAGAAACGGGUGAAACGGCGGCUGGAGAAUUUGCUCUCGCAAAUCGAAAACGCACAGAAAACGACGGCGGUUCUUUUGGAGGACGAAUGA